AUUAAUAUUUUAAAUUCAAAUAUUUUGAUUUUAAUGUACAUAAUUUUGUUAUGGGUUAGGCAGGGUUCAUUUUGGGGGCUUUUAAACAGUACUAUGCACGUUUAUUUCAUUUUUAGCUUUUUAUUUAAUUCUAAUUAGUAAUUUUAGUGCAUCUAGUUGCCAAUUCUCUUUUUCGUUUAGUUUAAGUUUUUCAUCUAACAUUUAUAAUUUAUUUCAUUUCCGCUUUAUUUCAAUUGACAAAAAUUGCUUUUAAUAGUUUAAGUUAACAAUAAAGAUUUUUUUGGAAAAAAAAUACAACUCAUAAUAAAUGACAACGCAGUAUAAGGUGAUUUUUUUUUUUUUCAAACAAAACCUAACCUGUCAAUAAUAAAGUGUAUUUUAUAAUUCUGAAUGCGUUAAAAUCAAACAGAACCCGUAAAAAAAGAAAAAGACUUUUAUUGUGAAAAGAGGAAAUGACGUGUGCGCCCAGUGCCUGUUCAUCCGAAUGAAAGAUCAGACACAGCCUCGCGCGACUAACAGAGGCUGACUGCGCCGCGUGCGCAUGCGUCUGCGCAGAUGGACAGCGUGAGCAGCCACAGCGUGUACGUGCUGCAGCAGCUGCAGGAGCAGCGCAUCCAGGGCCUGCUGUGUGACUGUAUGCUGGUGGUGAAGGGCGUCUGCUUCAAAGCGCACAAGAACGUGCUCGCCGCCUUCAGCGCGUACUUCAGGUCUCUGUUCCAGAACUCCCCAGCGCAGAAGAGCGAUGUGUUCCACCUGGCCAUCCAGGACGUGGGCGGCAUCGGGCAGGUGCUGGACUACAUGUACACCUCACACCUGGAGCUCAACCAGGACAACGUGCACGCGCUGAUGGAGAUCGGACAGAGCCUGCAGGUGUUGAACAUCCUGAACAUGUGUCAGGCGUUCCUGAAGCCCUGCGUGUCGACCGAUGCGUCUCUCGCUCUGCCUGCCGACGCGGCUCACGAUCAGGACUGCGUGAUCGGAGGAUCGUUACCGUCAGACGCGGAUCUGCACAAGCCCCUGCCACACGGAUACAAGCUCAGGAACUUCUACACCAGACAGUAUCUGAAGCAGAGCUGCAGCUUCCCACCGGAGGAGCCGCUCCAGAGCAGAGCUCCCACGGCAGACUCCGCCCACCCGCGCAGCUCUGACUCCGCCCACCCGUGUGGAUCAGACUCCACCCACCAGCGCAGCUCUGACUCCGCCCACCCGCGCAGCUCUGACUCCGCCCACCCGUGUGGAUCAGACUCCACCCACCAGCGCAGCUCUGACUCCGCCCACCCGCGCAGCUCUGACUCCGCCCACCCGUGUGGAUCAGACUCCACCCACCCGCGCAGCUCUGACUCCGCCCACCAGUGUGGAUCAGACUCCGCCCAUCCAUGUGGCUCAGACUCCGCCCACCCAUGUGGAUCAGACUCCGCUCACCAAUGUAGCUCUAACUCCGCCCACCCGUGCGGAUCAGACUCCACCCACCAAUGUGACUCUGACUCCGCCCACAUGUGCAGCUCUGACUCCGCCCACCUGCGCGUCCUGCGGCCAAAGAAAACAGUUUACCUGAAGAAGUUCAACUACCUGCGCUCACACGUCAGUGUGGAGGAUGAGGGGGUGGAGCACUACGACCCACGGGGGGCCACACCCACUUGCCCUGCCCAUGCCUCUGACCUCUCCAUGACCUCUGACCUGGCACAAGUGUCCGAGCUGAAGACGACACCUGUGGCGGAGCCCGAUGACCCGAGAUGUCAUGUCGAGAGGUCAGAGGUCAGCAGCGGAAACAAAUACUGUUGUGAGGUUUGCGGAAAGACGUUCAAACAUCCCAGCAACCUGGAGCUGCACAAGCGCUCUCACACAGGUGAGAAGCCGUUCCAGUGUAAUGUGUGUGGUAAAGGAUUCUCGCAGGCGGGAAACCUGCAGACGCAUCUGCGCAGACAUUCAGGAGAGAAGCCGUACAUCUGCGAGCUCUGCGGGAAGAGUUUCGCAGCGUCCGGAGACGUCCAGCGGCACAUCAUCGUCCACUCGGGAGCGCGGCCGCACCUGUGUGACAUCUGCGGACGAGGCUUCAGCAACUUCAGCAACCUGAAGGAACACAAGAAGACGCACAGCACGGAGAAGGAGUUCACCUGCGAGCAGUGCGGGAAGUCCUUCAACAUGCAGAGGAAGCUCUUCAAACACAAGCUGCGGCACAGCGGAGACAAACCCUACAGCUGCCAGACCUGCGGGAAGUGUUUCGCGGGCUCCGGAGAUCUUCAGCGUCACGUGCGCUCUCACACAGGUGAGCGGCCCUACACCUGCGACACCUGCGGCAAGAGCUUCUCACGCACCGCGGUCCUGCGCAGACACCGCAGCGCUCACUGCAGCCGCGCAGACGCAGACACAGACUCCUGCAGGAGCACCGAGGAGCUCAGCAGCGGAGCGCUGUGGGGACGAGCCAUGAAAACCCUGCAGAACCACACCGACACCGAGCACUGAACUUCCUGUCAUGUGACCUGCGGCGCUGCUCUCAGGGACGCCGUGCAGCGGCUAACUCUACAUUAAACACUAUUCAUGCAUGUA